GUGUAAGUAUCGUUUUUGUUCGACCCGGAAGUAUAACCGUAUCAUUCCCUGCUGCACAUGUGAAGGAAAGCAAACACUAGAGUGGACGCAUGGACGUGAAAGCAGUUUUGCCUUAAAAGAUCGACGAGGAACGUCAACGAUUUUAUCGAGCUACUGUAUAUUAAUGACACGCCGACAACCAGACGAAGUGAACGGAUAACCUGCUUUUCCUUACAUUUUCGCCCACUAUUAACAUUUUUCCUACGGUGACUCCAGUUAUUUUCUGUUAGUAUCAACAUGGGGAAGUCUAAACAGAAAGGAAGCCACAAGAAAAAGAACCCAGGAAAGAUAUUUAAGACAAAGCGCAGAACCAAAGACCUGGAUCAGAUUCACUCAGACCUGAAGCCCGAGACAGCAUCCAAACUUCUCCACCAGGAGGUGGACUACGACGUGUCAGGAUGUGCACAGCACUACUGUUUACACUGCGCGAGAUAUUUCAUAGACAUGAAAGCCUUGAAAGACCACUAUAAAAGUAAAGUUCACAAAAAACGGCUGAAACAGCUCAGAGAGGAACCCUACACUCAGGCAGAGGCAGAGAGAGCAGCAGGCAUGGGCUCCUACAUACCUCCAAAGAUUGUUGAAGUGAAGACCACGCCCAUAGAAGAGGACAUGGACUGAUUUGGACAAAGAAUUAUGAACUCUUUAAGAUAGUAAUGAAACAGUGUUGCUCCUGACCUCCCUCCCUCCCCCCUCUUGCUGCAGACAGCAGACGCAUUCUUCAAUGCUUGUUUAUUUGCCAGCCACUUAUUUCACUCUGUUUGUGAUGUGGUCGGCACCAAAGUCAGGAAAGCCUUACUUUACACUUCUGUGAUUCUGUUACGUGUUGUAUCCUGCACCUGUGUAAAUAAAUACACAGUAAGUGGUGAGAUAUAUUUUACAAUGUACAACAGUUGAGUCAGAUUGUGUUUAUCUUGGAGACCACAGUGUAAUUACAACGUUUUCCAAUCGAGGG